CCGAGCUCCUAAAAUGAAGAGGGCGAUCGCCGAAGGAAGCAAACUGCUGAUUUUGGUUCUUUGCUUGAACUUCCCAUCAGAAGCAGAAUCUUGCCCUCUGGCGUGCGUAUGUUACAGUGAACCCAAGAUCACCAUCAGCUGUCAGCUGCAGGGACUUGGUGCCAUCCCCACCGAGAUCCCCAUCCAGACCCAGCGCAUCUUCCUACACAAUAACAAGAUAACCUUGAUCAGGUCCACCAGCUUCACCUCUUGCCGCAACAUGUCCAUCCUAUGGAUCCAUUCCAAUAACAUUAGCCUAAUUGAGCCUGGGGCAUUCUAUGGGCUUGACAAACUGGAAGAGCUUGACCUCAGUGAUAAUGUGAACCUGAGGUCCAUCAACCCUUCCACUUUCCAGGGCCUCGUCCACCUUCAUACCUUGCACCUCGAUCGUUGUGGACUCCUGGAGCUCUCCACUGGUCUUUUCCGGGGGCUUUUCUCUUUACAGUAUCUCUACCUGCAGGAUAACAACCUGCAGCACCUCCUGGACGACACCUUCGUGGAUCUUGCUAACCUCACCUAUCUUUUUGUGCAUGGUAAUAAAAUUAAGAGUUUAUCAGAAAAUGUCUUUCGGGGGUUGGUUAACUUGGAUAGGCUCCUUUUGCAUCAGAACAGGGUUAGCGUGGUCCAUCACCGGGCUUUCCAUGACCUUGGGAAAGUGAUGACCUUGUACCUUUUUAAUAAUAACCUGACGGUGCUCACGGGAGAUACCAUGUCUUUCUUGGUGUCUCUCCAGUAUCUUCGGCUGAAUGGCAACCAGUGGGUGUGUGACUGCCAAGCCCGGUCUCUCUGGGAUUGGUUUAAACAGUUUAAAGGAUCUUCCUCAGAACUGGAAUGCCACCUGCCUCCUCACUUGGCGGGGAGGGAUCUCAAACGGCUGCAGAGCACUGACCUGGAAGCUUGCAUGGACUCUUUCAACCAGAUAAGAACGAGCGUUUUUAGCACCAAGACCAGGUCUGGGAAAUUGUCGACGGCUGACCCACCUCUAAAUCACCAUGACAGUUCACGAAAAUGCUGCCCGCCAGAAAUGGAUAAAUCUUUUAUUUAUGAAGCCAAAGGCAAGGCGGGUCCAUCUUCACACAGCAGCCGGGCUUCCCCAAACAACCCUCUGAAGGAUAAGGAAAAUAUGUCCAAAACCAAGUUCCAAGUGGAGACAGACCUUUCCAAAAAUGGCAGCAACAAGCAGAUCAAUGACUCUCCAUUCGGGACUUUCCCCAGUGUGGUGGACCCUCCAUUGACCAAUCUGAAACCUGAAUUCUUAGGCCCAAUUGUUCCCUCCACAGUCCCAACCAAAAAGAGGCAGGGGUGUACUAAAAAGAACAAAUCUAGGUCGCAGUGUCGUGUUGCCCAAACAGUCCAGAGUUCCACAUCACAGCUAAGUCCAUUGAUUCCCCCCUUGGUAUGGAGCCUAUUUUGGUUCUGUUAGACGAGCAACUUUUCCCACCUUGAUGAAUGAUACAUCAAUCUCAGACAUUUGCUUAAAAAUAAAAAUUUAACCCACCUCUACAAAACGUUGCGAACAAGAAGGUAAUCUAUACCCAGAGAAAGCUUUGUUACAUAAAAAGUUAACUGGAUGCCUUUAUAAAACACACACUCAAACAAAAGAGUUGUACAUAAUUUAUUUGUUCUUCCUGCAAUCUGUGUGUUUGAUCAUUUGGUCUUCGGAACUGCACUCGCUCACAAGAGUUUUUGGCCAGAACAGUUGGUUUUAAAAAAUGAUUUACCACCCCCAUGGAAUAAAACAGAAAAUAAAGGUGCAAAAAAAAGUAUGCCUUUAAAAAUGUUUCUAAAAAAAUGUGCUUUGCAAUUUGAAACUAUUCUCAAAUGACGUGGCAAGGUCCCUGUCUGCGGAGAUGACACAUCAAUGCCAUUUUUCCUCUUGCUUUUCUGAAUCUUGCAGUUUAACCACCUUUCCUUUCUGUCAUACCAUGUUUACGGGAGGGGCAUUUGUUAAAGAAUGCUUCCUUUUCCAUC